AUAUGAUUAGCGGGUAAGUUACUUAGUAUUUGACCAUUAGAGAUUGUUGUGUAGUUGAAUUAAUAUUAAUUGAUAUUAGUUGGUUGGUUAUUUGUUAGAAAAAAAAAGAUUACAUAAUGAAUCUGGGUCAUCGCUACGAUAGACCUCAACAACCACUUCCCGCUGCCGCAGCUAGCGGACUGGACCAUAAGUACAAUAAUUGUGUUUAUUUCAGUAAUUGGUCAGUGUACGGGAGGAAACAUUUCGUUAGUGAUAUACCGAUUAAUUCGAUAAAUUAUAUAUUCUAUGCUUUUAUAAAUAUUAGUCCCGAUACUGGGGCCUUAAAGCUAAGUGAUUCAUACUGUGAUUUAGAGAUGGAACUUCCCUCACCAAUAAACUCAAACGCUAAGGUCAAUGGUUCAUUACAACAAUUAUACCAAUUGAAAAAGAUGAAUAGACAUCUUAAAGUGGUUAUGUCAAUUGGAGGUUGGGGUACAGCUGAGACUUUUGUUGAUAUGACUAGUAAUCCUCAAAAGGUUGAUAAUUUUAUAGCCAGUUGUAUUAAUUUUGUAAUUGAAUAUGGUUUCGAUGGUAUUGAUCUAGAUUGGGAAUAUCCAAAGACUAGAAACGAAGCUGAGUCAUUAGUUAUGCUUUUGAAUCGUCUUUAUAUUGGACUUAAAACCAUUUCUCCAUCAUUAAGUCUCUCAAUUGCAGCUCCCGCAGGUGAUGAGAAUAUUGACAUAUUAUUGAUCAAACAGAUGGAUCAAUAUUUGAGUUUUUGGAAUAUCAUGUGUUAUGACUUCAAUGGUCAAAGUUGGUCAUUGAAGACUGGUUAUCAUUCCAAUCUAAUUGGGUUUAAUGGUUGUAAUAAUUUAAAUGUUCAUUCAAUUAUAGAAAAGUAUGCUCAUAAGGGAGUAGCUUUAAAUAAGAUAAACCUCGGAAUGCCAUUAUAUGGGAGAGUAUUUCAUGGAGCUACAAGUUCUAAAGUUGGUCAAACCUUUUCAAAUAUUCGAAAAGCAGGAUCAUUAGAAGCAGACAUUAUUGAUUAUAAAUUAUUACCAAUUGGUAAUGUAUUUUAUGAUCCUACGAAUUGUUCAGUGGUUUGUUAUGAUAAGAGUUUACAACAAUUAAUUGUUUAUGAUAAUGAAGAAUCUAUUAAGAAUAAAGCUGAAUAUACAAAAGCUUAUCGAUUAGGUGGAGGAAUGUGGUGGGAUUCAGCAGGAGAUAAAUUAGGUCAAGAAUCAUUAGUGCAGAUUUAUAUCAAUAAUCUUGGAGGUCACAAAGUAUUAAACAAAUCACCUAAUAAUAUUAAUAUUUAUGCAAGUAGUAAAUACCUUCGUAAUAUAUUAUAAACGAACAAAAGUUUAAGUUUAAUUUUAAUUUUAAAUUUAAUUUUCAGUUUCAGUUUGAGUGUCAAUUUACAAAUAUAAAAAUUUAUGUAUAAAGUUCAUUAAUAUGAAAGCAAGCUGAAUGAAGAAAGUAAGUAAGAAAGGAAGGAAUAUAUAGUAAAGUAAAGACAAAAAGAUGAGCUAUAGAUAAAAGUUUAAUUCCGACUAAAGUACAUGCAUUUAAUUGUGAAAAAA